CAUUUUGUUUAAUUGAUAUAACAAUAACUACAACAUUUAUAAAUUAUAAAAUAUUUAAAACCUACAAAAUAAAUAUUUUUUUUUUUCUUUUUUUCAACAACACAACAUAUUCUUCUCAACAAUCAAAAUCAUAUCUUUUGUAAAUAGUAAUAAUAAUAAAAAAUGAGCGAAACUGUUGUCGAAUCAAACCCAAUUAAUAACGAAACUACUGUUGCACCACCACAUGUUGAAGAAACAAAUCAACAAACUGAACAACACAAUAAUCCAGUUCAAGAAGAAACCAAAAAAGAAGAAUGUUCCACUACCACUGAAACAACCGAAUCCAAUGAAAGCAAACCAAAAGAAGAACAAAAACAAGAGCAUGAACAAGAACAAGAACAAGAAGAAAAUUCUGAAACCAAACCAAAUGAAGAAGAAAAUAAUGUAGAAGAACCAGUAGAAAACAAUGCUGAACCAUCAACCAAUGAACAUACUGAUGCCAACACUACCGAACCACAAAAUAAAGAGGUAGAAGAAAAUAAUAACACUUGUGAUACUACUAAUGGAACUGACGCUAAUGAAGUUGAAAAUAAGAAGAGAGCCGUUGACGAGGAACAAAUUGAUGAUAAUAAAGAAUCAAGUAAAAAGAGAAAGCUAGAAGUUGAAGCUUCUGAUAAUGCCCAACAAGUUGAAGCCUAAAAAACACCCCAAUUAGAAAAAAAAAAAUUAAAAAAAAAAAAAUUAAAAAAAAAUUAGAAAAUAUCAAUAAAUGUAAAUUCAUGUCAUAACAAAAUCCAAUAAUGCAUAUAUUUAUUUAUUUUAAAUCCCUCCAAUUUCAAACGAUCAAUUCUUUCUAUUAAAAAUUAAUUUGGUUUAAUUUAAUUAUUUUUUAAUUAAAAACCAAUAAAAAAAAAAAAAAAAAAAAAAUAGUGCACAUAAAAUUUUUUUUGGGGGGUCAUACCGCGCACACCCCAAAAAAAAGAUUAGAUGGUGAUCAUCAUAA